AUGGAUAUUAUCCAGAUAAAGAAAAGUGUUAUAAGUGUGAUUCAAACUGCAUUAAAUAGUUUAUAUACAUCGUGUUUUAAGGAAGAUUGUGAUUUUUGUGAAUCAAUUUCUGGCCUAAUUUCAGAUCCAAAAUAAAAACGAUGUAUUUCUAUUUGUGGUGACGGGAUUUUGGUUGAAACAUACGAGUAAUGUGAUGAUAACAACUUAAUUAAUGGAGAUGGUUGCGAUUCCAUGUGUAAUUUAGAAUUUACAGAUAAUGAUCUUGAUCAGAUAACAAAUUAUCAAUUCUAAGGAAACAAUUCUUAUGAUUUGAAGAUAAAUUCUUAUUAUCAGUUCUAUCUUUUAUGCAAUACCUCAAAUAUCACUAAUGAUAAUUUCGAUGUUUAAGAUUUUAAUUACUCCUCAACUUAAAUCGAUAAUUCCACUUGCAGAUUAUCAUUUGGUUUCAAAAAGUCCAUCCUUUAAAUCAAUAAGAUUCAUGCAAUAUUAUAGUACUCGUCCUCAUACUCUAAUAAUAGAUUGCUUUUAGAAGAUUAUAAAUAGAUUCAAUUUCAUGUAACUCCGACUGAAUCAAUUGUUUUAAAUGAAGAUUAAAUAAAGUAAUAAGAGUUGAUAAAAAGUGCUCAAUAAUAAUUUAGUUUAUUGUUUUUAAGUUUGAUACAAUCUCUAUAAUUACUAAUCUAUUUCAUUAUUUGUGGGUAGUUCUAUAAAUAUUGAGUUGGAUCAACAAUUUCUACUUUNUCUAUCAACAAGCAACAACUGGAUAACGUAACAAUUUUAUAAAUAAGAGUCUAAUGGUUAACAUAAUUUUUAAAAGGUGAUGGAAUUUAUUUUAGCUAUCUUUCAAAUAAAAGAAUCUUUGGAGGGUAUUACUUCAACCCAUAAGACAAUUUAUGUAAAACAAUCUGCGGAGACUUUAUUUUACAGGGCAACGAGUAAAGCGAUGAUGGUAACUAAGAUAAUUAUGAUGGUUGUUCGAAUUGUUAAUUAAUCUAAUAUGAAAAAUGCGAUAAUGCUUUGGAAAUUGAGAAGCAUGGCUGUUCUGUCUGCUACUAUGGUAAAUGCAUAAAGUGUAAUGAGGGUUUUAUAUUAGAUAAUGAUACAUGCAUAUAAAUUUGUGGAGAUGGACUACUUAAUUUAGAAAAAGAAGAAUGUGAUAGUCCAAAUGAUUAAGGAUGCAUAGAUUGCAAAAUAUAGAAUGGAUAUGUUUGCGGUAUAUUAAAUUAUUCUACAUGCUAAACGUGUGAUAAUGAAUGCACUCAAUGUUCAAGAACAAAUAAAAUUGAUUUGAUUUGCAAGUCAUGCAUAGAUGGAUAUUAUCCAGAUAAAGAAAAGUGUUAUAAGUGUGAUUCAAACUGCAUCACUUGUGAAUUACAAUCUAGUUUAUGUACAUCAUGUUUUAGGGAAGAUUGUGAUUUUUGUGAAUCAAUUUCUGGCCUAAUUUCAGAUUCAAAAAAAAAACGAUGUAUAUCUAUUUGUGGUGACGGAAUUUUGGUUGAAACAUACGAGUAAUGUGAUGAUAACAACUUAAUUAAUGGAGAUGGUUGCGAUUCCAUGUGUAAUUUAGAAUUUACAGAUAAUGAUCUUGAUCAGAUAACAAAUUAUCAAUUCUAAGGAAACAAUUCUUAUGAUUUGAAGAUAAAUUCUUAUUAUCAGUUCUAUCUUUUAUGCAAUACCUCAAAUAUCACUAUUGAUAAUUUCGAUGUUUAAGAUUUUAAUUACUCCUCAAUUUAAAUCGAUAAUUCCACUUGCAGAUUAUCAUUUGGUUUCAAAAAGUCCAUUCUUUAAAUCAAUAAGAUUCAUGCAAUAUUAUAGUACUCGUCCUCAUACUCUAAUAAUAGAUUGCUUUUAGAUGAUUAUAAAUAGAUUCAAUUUCAACUAACUCCGACUGAAUCAAUUGUUUUAAAUGAAGAUUAAAUAAAGUAAUAAGAGUUGAUAAAAAGUGCUCAAUAAUAAUUUAGUUUAUUGUUUUUAAGUUUGAUACAAUCUCUAUAAUUACUAAUCUAUUUCAUUAUUUGUGGGUAGUUCUAUAAAUAUUGA